AUGGAUGGAUUUAUAGUUACUACAUUUCUUGAUUAUAAUUUAGCAUUUGUUCACAAUUUCAACAUUCAUUUAAACGAAUAUCAGGUGAUUGGCCGUAAGCUCCCUUCAGCUCAGGAGCCUACUCCCAAGCUUUUCCGUAUGAGAAUCUUUGCCCCUAAUGACGUUGUUGCCAAGUCUCGUUUCUGGUACUUCUUGAAGAAGCUCCGUAAGGUUAAGAAGGCUGCUGGUGAAAUUGUUUCUUUGAACAAGAUCUCCGAGAAGCGUCCUGAACAAAUCAAGAACUUUGGUAUCUGGAUCCGUUAUGAUUCUCGCUCCGGUACUCACAACAUGUACAAGGAAUACCGUGCCUUGCGUCGUGUUGAUGCUGUUGAACAAUGCUAUCAAGAUAUGGCUGCUCGUCACCGCGCUCGUUUCAGAUCUGUUCAAAUCAUUCGUGUUGCUGAAAUUAAGGAUGCUGAUGUUCGUCGUCAAUACAUUAAGCAACUCUUGACUCCUAAGCUUUCUUUCCCCUUGCCUCACCGUCUUGCCAACGUCGACAAGAAGCAUCGUGCUCUCUUCAUUGCCAAGAGACCCACUACCUUCUAUUAAAAAUAGUGCAUAUUCUCUCUUUAUUUUCUUAAUAUAAAGAAAAACACUAGUUUCUUUUGAAAAAAAAACAAAGAGCAAAUAU